GCUAGGCCUUUUGAUUAGGGGAAUUACCGAAAAUGCCCAAAAGAGACAUGAAGAGAGACGGAAAGCGGGGAGGUUAGUUUGGGUAGAUGAAAAAAAGUCAGCCCUCAAGAUCAAACCCCUUCUCUUUUUCCCCCAAACAUCGAACGCAGACUCCUCAUCCCAUUCAUAUCUCUCCCUCCUCUUCCAUAGCAUAUAUAUAUAAACACAGAUCCUAUAAAAGCACCCAUCCUUUCAAAUUCUUACCGCUCUAAUCCCCUGUUUUUGUCUGUUUCCCUCUCAUCAUCAACGUUUCUCCUGCUUUUUUAACGAAACAUUCAAAACAGCAGGUCACCUUAUGGCAGAUCCUCAAAGUAUGGAAGGAACCGAACCGGUUGAUGUCACCAAGCAUCCUUCUGGAAUUGUUCCGACACUCCAGAAUAUCGUGUCAACAGUCAAUUUGGACUGCAAGUUGGAUCUUAAAGCUAUAGCCUUGCAAGCUCGAAAUGCAGAGUAUAAUCCAAAGCGUUUUGCUGCGGUGAUUAUGAGAAUCAGAGAACCAAAAACGACAGCACUGAUAUUCGCAUCUGGAAAGAUGGUUUGUACAGGAGCUAAGAGCGAGCAACAAUCGAAGUUGGCUGCUCGAAAGUAUGCUAGAAUUAUUCAAAAGCUUGGUUUCCCAGCAAAAUUUAAGGAUUUCAAGAUUCAGAAUAUUGUUGGUUCAUGUGAUGUGAAAUUUCCCAUUCGUCUUGAAGGCCUUGCCUAUGCUCAUGGCGCCUUUUCAAGUUAUGAGCCGGAAUUGUUCCCUGGAUUAAUAUACCGGAUGAAGCAACCGAAGAUAGUGCUGCUUAUUUUUGUGUCUGGGAAGAUUGUUCUCACCGGAGCCAAGGUGAUAACUUAUAGCUUGUCAGUUUUGAAGGUCAGAGAUGAGACGUAUGCUGCGUUUGAGAACAUAUAUCCAGUUCUGAACGAAUUUCGGAAAGUUCAGCAAUGAUGAUCUGUUUGCAUGUGCACGUUGCCUCUGAAGGGGAACGAACUAUGAAGAGGGUUGGCAGGCUAUCGGAAUUGCAGUUUGGGGUCAAAGUGUAGUAAAUAUGUUUUAGGGGAGUUGGCUGCUGCUGAGAUAUAUAUAUAUAUAUAUAUAUAUAUAUAUAUAUAUAUGUAUGUAUGUAUGUAUGUAUGUAUGUAUAAUUCCAGGUAGAGUGAAGAAAAGGCACACAUACAUUGUUACUAAACUUGCACUAGAGAGGGACAAACACUAAUAAAAUUAUUUCACACUAAUCAUUUAUGAGAAUGAUAUUCUUUAUUUGACUGUC